GACUCUCAUUUCAGACUUGACGAAGAAGAUGACAUCCCAAACAAGCACCUCAUCAGCGUCUUUUCCCACAGCUAACCCUAACCAGCGGGCACGAUCGAGCCAGCACUGCCACGGAACGGCCCAGGCUACGUCAUCAGGGGACCGCCAGCCGCUAAACAAGCCAAGUCGCUUGACGCUUAGCGUCUAUCUUAUCGCCUUUUACGGGGCUGACAGUGCACUGCCCCGGCCGCAGCCCCAGUGCCGCGUCGGCGGGUUCGGCGACCCUCAAUGUCAACAAUCAGGAUUAAAUCCACUUGCAUCUCCUGUCAAGGCUUCGCCCCUUUUAUUCUCUGCUUCAUUUCUGGUUGUAGCUCGACCACCUCCAGCUUCAACCCGUCAAAGAUACCUUCACUAAAACAAUCAACCUCAGUCAAGCUCAACCGCCAACUUCCCCUAAAAUACGGCACCCAGACCAAGCCCCAAAAUGACAUCCAAACGCGGCCUAACCUUCCCCGUCGCCUCGCCCGACCCGCCCUUCCUCUUCUCCAAACCCGGUUCCCUCAUUUCCUGGCUCUACAACUGGUCCCCGCGCCUAACGCCCGGCACCGGCCCAGGCUGCUCUCUGCAAUUCGUGCCUAUGCAAUGGAACCACGUCUACAUCGACGAGCUCCCCUCGCAUCUCAACGCCUGCUACCCGGAUCCCGAAUGUAACGGACAGCCGACGGUGCUAGGGUUUAACGAGCCCGAGCUUACCGACCAAAGUAACAUGCCCGUCGAGCUAGCGGCGCAGGAAUGGCUGCGGGUUAUCGAGCCCCUACGCCGGCAGGGAGUCAGGGCGGGGAGUCCCGGGAUUAGUUCAGCGCCGCAGGGCGUGACGUGGCUUCAGCAGUUCAUGGCGGCUAUUCGGGCACAGGGGAGCGACGUGGACUUUUACUGUUUGCAUUGGUAUGGCGGGGCGAACUUGGGCGCGUUUUAUGACUAUAUCUGGAGCACGCAUCAUCAGCUGGGGCCGGAUAAGCCCGUGUGGAUUACCGAGUUUGCGUGCACGAAUUGGGACCAGGCGAAUCCGCUGCCCAAGGAGGAGGUGGAACACUUUUGUAAGGAGAGUUGCAAGUAUUUGGAUACGUUGGAUUGGGUGGAGAGGUAUGCGUGGUUUGGGGCCAUGAGGCCUGAGACAAUUGGGAAUGUGGGGAGGUGGGCGAGUCUGUUGGGGGAUGAGGGGGGUGUCACCGAGUUGGGGGAGUGGUAUAGGGAUUGCGCUGAGUAGGUCGUAAAGGGGGACGGCAGACGGCGAAUGGACGGGUAAUGGAAGCGGGCGAUGCGGAUU